AUGACUAAUAUAAAAGAAGGGAAUGUAAAUACAUGUCAUGAAAAAGAUAAAGAAAAAAAAAAAGAUUCAACUGAAAAUAGAAAGAAGAAACCAAAUGAGAAAGAAAAGAAAAAUCCGAAUGAUAAUAAAAUAAAAAAAAUAGAAUACAAAAAUAAAAUAACAUACUUUUUCAAAGCGAAAAAUAAUAAACAAAAUGAUGAUACACAUAAAAAAAAUGACGAAAUAAAAAAUAAUAAUAUUGAAGCAUUUAAUAAUAAUGACAAAGGAAUAAAUAAUAAUAAUCAUAAUAAUAUUGAAACAUUUAAUAAUAAUGACAAAGGAAUAAAUAAUAAUAAUAAUCAUAAUAAUGUUGAACCAUUUAAUAAUAAUGACAAAGGACUAAAUAAUAAUAAUCAUAAUAAUAUUGAAACAUUUAAUAAUAAUGAAGAACAUAAUAAAAAUAAAUCGAAUGAAAACUUUUUUAAUAACCCUGACUUGUUCAUAAAAGAUGAAAAAAAAUUUAAAAGUUCAGAUUCAUAUUCAAAAAAUACAAUUCUAAAAAAAAAAAUAGACAUUUCUGAUGAUUUAUGGUUAAAUGAAAAAAAAAAUAAUAGUCCUAUAAUAAAACUAGAACCGUUAAAUACAGCUAGCGAAAAGAAUAUAUUUGAAGCAUCUGACACUGAAAAUAUAGAAUUAUGUUCUAGAAAAAAUAUAGAAGAAAAAUGUUAUAAGCAGAAUUAUUUAUAUGAUAAUUCUGUAAGUAAUAAUAUUAUUGAUAACAUAUCUAAGGAUAUGAAAAAAAAUAAAAUAUGUGAUACGAUCUUAAAAAAAAAAGAUUCUAUUGAAAAGGAAGAACACAUUCCUUUGAAUAAUAGUAAUAAUAGUAGUAAUAAUAGUCAUAAUAAUAGUCAUAAUAAUAGUAAUAAUAAUAAUAGUCAUAAUAGUAAUAAUGACUUUUGUUAUAAUAAUCAGUGCAAUUCUGAAAAUGUGUUUCAUGAUGAAAAAAAAGAAAAUCCUUAUUUAGAUAAUCAUAAUAAAGAACAAUCGAAUAAAUCAAGAAAAAUUUCGAUUGUCAAUUUUUUUGGAGAUAAUAUAGAAAUAACAGUAAAUAUAAAUGAAGAAAAUGAGAACUAUGAAAGUGAAUCUAGCAGUGAUAACAGUCUUGUGAGAAGUGAAUUAAAUAGUAAUAAGAUUUCCAAGAGAAAUAUAAAUCAAACCGAUAUUAUAGAUACUAAUAAAAAUAAUAAUAAUAAAAAAAAAAAAAUAAAAAAUAAUAAUAAUAUUUUUAAAAGAAAGUCCAUUUCGGAUUGUGAAAAUUAUAAUAAGAAAGAUAAAAAAAUAAAAAAAAAUAAAUUAAAUCAUCAUAAUGAUGAAUAUGACAAUGAUUAUGACAAUGAUUAUGAACAUGAUUAUGAACAUGAUAAUAAUGAUGAUGAUAAAAUUGUUAAUUGUACAAAUAAAAGAAAAACUGCAUCAAAUAAUAUUCAUAACGGAAAAAGAAACAAAUGUCAUCUUUUCAAUUCAAAGAAUCUAAUAAAUAAAAGAACUUUAAUAUCUGAUAACGAAUUGGAUAUGUCAUGCAAAAGUAGGAAGAGAACAAAAAUUGAAAGAAUUGUUAAUAAACCUGAACAACAAAUAGAUAUGCACACAGAAGAUAUAAUACAACAAAAUGAUAAUGAAGAAAAUAAUGUUAUCGAAAGGAAAGAAUUAAUUGAUACGAAUAAAGAAACAAAUAAAUAUAAAAGUGGAAGACAAACAUGUAUGUAUGCAGAAAUAUUUAAUAAAUUAAAUGUGAAGAAUAAAAAAAAAAAAAAAAAAAAUGAACAAGAAAAAAAUGUUCCCCUUAAGAAUAUAACGGAGAGUAAAAUGAUAAAUAAUAUAUUAAAAAAUGAUACAUUCAAAAAUGAGAUAAUGGAUACAAAAUUUUGUUUACAAGAAAAUAUAAUAAAUAAAUUAACUGCAAAUAUGCCCAUAGAAAAAAAACCUGUCGAAAAGGUACCUAAUAAAACUAUCUCUAAUUUAAAAAUACCAAAUCUGACAGUACCACUUUUGAUGAUGACAAAUGAAGGUCUAAAAAGUUCAAGCACAUCAAAGGGUACAAAAAAAAUGAAUGAUAAUAUAAAAGGUGAUAAUAAUAUAAAAGGUGAUAAUAAUAUUAAGGGUGAUAAUAAUAUUAAGGGUGAUCAUAAUAUUAAUGGUGAUAAUAAUAUUAAUGGUGAUAAUAAUAUUAAUGGUGAUAAUAAUAUAAAAGGUGAUAAUAAUAUUAAUGGUGAUGAUCAUAUUAAUGGUGAUGAUCAUAUUAAUGGUGACCAUCAUAUCAAUAGUAAUCAUCAUAUUAAUAGUAAUGGCCCACUUAAUAUACCAAUAAAUAUAAAGGGAACAGAAAAGAGUGCAAAUAAUUGUACCCCUCAACUAACCAACAGAAAUAAUAAAAAAGAAGAUAAAAAUAAUUGUGAAGAGAAAGACAAAUGUAAUAUCGAAAAAGAUAUAUUAAACGAAAAAAGGAAAGUUCAAAUAUUAAGAGUUUUAAAUAAGUAUUACUUCGAAAAAGAAUAUAAUGAUUAUAUUUAUUUGGAUAGAGAGAAAAAAAAAAAAAAAAAAGAUUGUAUUGAAUUAUUAAAAGAUAGUUGUAAUAAACCAUAUACUUUUUUCAUUGCUGGUAAAUUUAAUUUGUUUAGUAAUUUUGUAUUAAUAAAAAAAUUAAAAGAUGUAGGAUAUAAUAUUACAUAUAACAUGAGAAGAAGUAAUAGUUUAAUAUUAGGAUAUGAUAUAAGUAAUGAUAUAUUAAAAAGAGUAGAGAAUUUUAAAGGAGAAGUAUUUGAUGAGAAAAGUAUAAUGAUUCAUUUAAAAAUUAAUAUACAAAAUCGUAUGAAUUUAUUUAUACCUAUAAAUAAAUAUAAUGGAAAAAGAUAUAAAAUAUUUUUUAAUGAAAGUAAUAUAAAGAAUUCUCCAGUUUGUUUAAUAAAUAAGAAAUUACAUUUUUUUUGUAAGACAAUGAAUACAUAUAUUGAAAAUAUAAAUAUGAAUAAUAUAGAUUAUAAAAAAUUAUUAAAUUUAAAAAGACUUAUGAAUAGUUUUUUAUUAUUUUUACAUAUGGGGAGAAAUAAAUUCCAAUCAGAUAUAAAUUCAAUCUUAUUUUAUUAUAAAAGAUAUUAUUCUCUUAAAAAACCAUUAAAUGAACAAAAUUUAUAUAAUUAUAUAUUUUUUUUUAAAAAAAUAUGUAAACUAUUUAGUACCUCUUAUGUAAAUAAUGAUAUGUUAACAUUAAAAAGUAAUACGUCCUUUGAAAUUUAUGUAAAUAAUAAUGAAGCAUUAAAUAAUGAUGACAAAAAUAAUAAUGAUAUAAAAACUUUAAAUAUUGUCAAAGAAUUUAAAAAAAAUAAUCAUGAAGAUAAUAAUAUAGAUAUAUAUAGUGAACUCAAUACUGAUAUGUAUAGCAACGAUAUAUAUAGCAACGAUAUAUAUAGCAACGAUAUUUAUAGCAACGAUAUUUAUAGCAACGAAAUAUAUAGUAACGAAAUAUUUAGUAACGAAAUAUAUAGUAACGAUAUAUAUAGUAGUGAUAUGAAUAGUUAUAUGACUGGUAAAUUAUCUAACGAUAUGAAUGUUGAAAUUAAUAGACAAUUUAAUCGAAAAGAUUUUUGUUCUAUAAAUAAUAUACAUUCAAAUAUAAUUCCUUCCAAUUUUUUUUAUUCAAAUAUGAUACCUUCCAAUAUUUUAUAUUCAAAUAUUAUGCCAUCCAAUUUUUUAUAUUCAACAAAUAAUUCAAGAUCUUCAAUGGAUAAUCAAAAAUGUAUUCUUAAAUGUGAAUCUAAUAAAAUUUAUAGUUCUCAUGUAGUAUUAUCUAAAGAAGAAGAUCUUAGAAAUAAUAAUUUCAGUAAAGAUAUUUGUAUUGAUCCAAAUUUUUCUUCCUUUGAUUAUAUGUCAAGUGAUGACAUGGAUUAUUAUAAUCACGAUCACAACGUGCAAUCACAACAAAAGGAAAAAAUUAACGACAGCAAGGAAAACGAUAACAGCGAUAAUAACGACAACAAGGAAAAUGAUAACAACGAUAAUAACGAUAAUAACGAUAAUAACGACAACGUUAAUGUCAAUUACAAUGACAAUUACAAUGACAGUAUUAAUGACAGUGUUAAUGACAGUGUUAAUAGUCGUAGAAGCCAUUUAAAUUUGACAAAUUCACAAGAUGAUACACAUAAAAGGUUGGCAGAACAAAAUAAUGAAAUUAAAGAGAAAAUAAAUUUUGAAGAACAAAGUAUUCUAGAGAAUAUGAAAAGGAGCGAGAAAUUAAAUAAUAUAAAUAAUUUGUGGAGUAGUUUUUUUGAACCAAAUAGUUUAUAUGAAAUUGCUGGACAUAGAAAUGAAAUUUUAAAAUUAUAUAAAUUUUUAAAAAAAAAAAUUAAUAAUAAAUUAAAUGAUAAAAUAUAUGAAUAUGUAGAUUUUUCAGAAAAAAGUAGUGAAUAUAAUAAAUGUUUUAAAGUUGAUAAUGUAAAUAUAAUUUUUUUAUUAUAUCCACCAAAUUGUGGAGUUAAAAGAUUAGUUGAAUUAACAUGUUAUGCAUGUGAUUUAUGUCCAAUAUAUGAAAAUAAAGUACAAAAAUAUAAAAAUAUUAAUUAUUUUUUUAAAUAUACACAUGGUCUUAAAGGAAUAUCAAUAUAUAAUGCAAAUCGUUUAGAUAAACAAGCUAUGAAUGAAUUAAAUACAAGAAAUGAUGUAUGUAUUUGUUUAUAUGAAGAUAAAAAUUAUAUAAUAAAUAAUUUUAAUAAUUUUACUCUACCUUUUCUUGAUAAUAUUAAUCAUUUACUUAUCAAAUUUUCAUAUCCAUCUAAAAAAGCUCUCUUUUAUAGAUGUUUCGCUGUAUCAUCAUGUGUAAUAAAAAAUUUAAGAAAAAAAACAUUCAAAAUUUUGUUUGAAAUAUGUAAACUAAAAAAUUUAUCUUAUUCAAUAGAAAGUAUAUAUAACAAGGUCCAUUUAAUCUCAUCUUAUAUAAAUUACAUAAAAGCUAAUGAAUCUUCUACAAAUGAUAUUUGUAGUAACACCAUUGGUCACCACACUCAUACAAUGAAAAUAUAUGAAAAUGAUGGAAAGAAAAGGAUUCAAACAAUUCAAACGAUUCAAAGGAUUAAAAGUAUUUGUGAGGACGAACUGGUUGUAAGAAAUGAAAACAUUGAUAAAAAUAUAAAAAAUGAUAUGAUUUGUAAUAAUGAUGAUAAUAAUAAAAAUAAAACAGAUGAUAUGAUUUGUAAUAAUUAUGAUAAUAAUAAUAAUAAAACAGAUGAUAUGAUUUGUAAUAAUUAUGAUAAUAAUAACAAUAGUCAGAAUAAAUCGUUUUGUAGAAGAAAAUAUAACGAAUACAAUUAUGAUCAUAUAAAAUAUAGAAAAGAUGAUUUUUGUUUUCCAAAUAAUAUUAUAUACGAAUAUAUUAGAACACAUUUAUUAAAUCGUUUUGUUAUAUAUAAUUAUGAUGAUAUUGAAGAAGAUAUUUAUGCAGAUUAUCAUAUGAAUAAUAUAGAAGAAGAUAAUUUAAAAAAAUUAAAUCAAUUAAAUAAAGAAUAUUAUUUUUAUGGUGGUUUUGAUUUUGAAGAAAUUAAUAAUAUAAUUUAUGAUUCUUAUGAUAAAUUAUAUAUACAUAAUCCAAGUUUUAUAUUAGAUUUUAAUAUAAAUAAAAAUGAUAAUAUGCUAGAAGAUAAUAUUGAUUAUUUAUAUAUAGAUGAAAAAUCAAAAAAAGAUAGACAACGAAUUUUAAUGGAUAAUUUAGAAUUAUUCUUAUAUGCAUCUAUAUUAUUAAAAUCUAAAGAUAUUAAUAUUUCUUAUAUUGCUGUUGAUAUGGCAAUUUAUUGGAAUAAAUUUCUUUAUAUGAAUCCUUGUUUUACCAAAAAAAAAAAAACAAAAAAAAAAAAACAAACCAAUAUACAAAUUAGUGUAUAUCAAAAAGAACAAUCAGUUAAUUUUAAUAAUAAUGAUUAUAUUAAUCAAACAAAAUUAAAAGAUCAUUUAAAAAAUAAAACUGAUAAAUGUAAUAAAGGAUAUAAUGAUAAAGUGAAAAAAUAUAAACAACUUAUUAUGCACUUUAAUUGCCCAUUCAAUUUCUCAUCCGCAAAUAUUGUAUAUGAUAUAUUGCAAAGCAAUAAAGUAGUUAAUUUUAAUGUAAAAAAAAGAGGAUAA